AUGAGAGCUCGGAUGGAUAGCCAACAGGAUCGUUUAGACUCUCUUGAAGAUCUGCUGGACGUGAUGGCGAUGGGAAACCCAACUAUGCAGAGAGCAUUAAAUGAGAGGCGAGCAGCUCUCGGGAUGCCAAUACGGAAUCCCGAAGAUGCCGAUCCAGACCAUUCUCAACCGAGCACCGCCACCGACUACUUCGAUAAUAUACGAGUCAGAUCAUCGUUUCGCCAAUCUCAGAAGCAUCCGGUGGCGUUUAAAUCUCGGAGUUAUUCUCGCCGAGGAUAUGCUCUUCUCAGAAGAAGACUUUUAAUGGAUCCACAUAUACUCAACGAUGACAGAGAUCUCCCUACUCUUUUCAUCGAUAACCCCUUGUCCAAAAAUCCAGAUAGCACAUGGGGUCAGUUUUUUCGUAACGCCGAGCUGGAAAAAACACUUGACCAAGACUUAUCAAGGUUAUAUCCAGAACACUGGUGUUAUUUUCAAGCGCCUGGAUGCCAAGGCAUGGUAAGACGCAUUCUCUUGUUGUGGUGCCUUAAGCAUCCUGAGUAUGGGUAUCGGCAAGGGAUGCACGAGCUCUUUGCACCACUCCUUUAUGUACUUCAUGUUGAUAUCAUGCGUCUUUCUCAAGUGCGCUAUGAAGAUUAUUUCACCGACAGGUUUGAUAGUUUAUCUUUCGAAGAAAAAGACAUCAGUUACACUUUUGAUUUCAAUAAGUUCGUGGACUCUAUGGACGAUGAUGAGAUUAGUAAGCCUCCCAGUUCUAGUACAUUUACUAGGCGACUCAUGUCCAACAAUGAGCUUGAUCAUGAAGUCCAGUCCAUUGUGAUGUUGUGUGACUCUUACGGAGCAGAAGGUGAACUUGGGAGUGUCUUGUCUGAUGCACUCAUGAGUGGGACCAAUGGUUGUGUCGCCAUGGCUAGCUUUUUUGGUUACUCUCCAGCCAAAGGAUCUCACACCCGGUUACCUUCAGUUCUUGAAGCGUGUACUGCAUUUUAUCGUCUCUUGGCUGUUGUUGACUCAUCUCUGCACAGCCAUCUAGUUGAACUUGGUGUUGAAACUCAAUACUUUGGUCUUCGUUGGUUGAGAGUUUUGUUUGGAAGAGAGUUUUCGCUUCAGGGUCUCUUGUUAGUGUGGGAUGAGAUCUUCUUAGCUGAUAACAGUACAAAAACGUUUACAUAUGAUGAUGAGCAUAACGGAAACAACAUGUUUAAGGUCUUUGAUUCUCCUCGUGGAGCCUUACUCUCAGGAAUGGCUGUUUCAAUGAUAUUGUACUUAAGAUCUUCAUUGCUUUCUUCUGAGAAUGCAACAUGCUGUCUACAGAGACUAUUGAAUUUUCCUGAGGAGAUUGACCUCGACAAAAUUAUACAGAAGAAGUGCUAUUGGGAGGAGAAGUGGAGGCUGUUGCGAAAAGCCGAGGAAGAAGAAAGGCAAAGGAGUCCUUUUACACAGAAGAAAAAGAGGUGGUUGAAGGUGACUAAACUUAUCCGAGCAGUGACUGAUCUAUCACGUUUUAGGAGACGAACUGUUCUUGAAGGUAUCUCUCAGAAGAUCAUUUCUAACGAAGAAGCUACUGAAUGUCCUGUGACUGUAAGCAAGGAGAAGAGUCCUACUCAAGAAACUGAGGAAGGCAGUAUGGGUUUUCACACUGUAGAUGAAGAGAGUGUAACAAGUGGUGAGGAGAGUUCAUCUGUCUACUCAGACCCAACUAGUCUUGUCAGAGAUUCAAACUACCUUGAAAACGAUUCAGAUAGCAGUACUGCCUCAAAUUCGUCUCCUGGGGAAAACCAUAAUAGCGAAGAUUCACUAAGGGCAGAGAACUCACAUGUCUCCUUAGAACCAACCAGUCCUGAAUGA